ACUUUUCUCAGCGGGACAGCGCACGCGACUCGUAUAGAAUCGUUUACAUUUAAAGUCGAAGAAGAAACGAUUCCCUUGUCGCCUCUUUCCUUCAUCCUUCAACAAUCCAAUUCUCUUUAGUCAAAGAGUUUACGGAUAGUUUGUCUAGUAAUUCCUUUAAUAUCUUUUUGAUUUUUCAUCCUCUGUUUUCGAACGUUUGUUAACGAUGGCUGAAACGGAUGCUGCUCAACUAUUGAGUUUCGUAGACAAUCUUAAGAUAACGCUUGACAAGCGACAGACAAGGUCGAAGAGGAGAGUCAAUCAUAGGAAAUAUAUUGAAAAACAACUAAGGAAAAAAGGAACAGCAGGGAUAGAUGGUAAAGGUGAGCAAAAUGACACUUCCUCAUCAGUCGCCGCCGUCAGGCAGCCCAAAUCUGUUAAACGGAAGCAGGAUGAAAGAAAAGGUGUUAGUAAGCAAGUCAAAUCAUUGGACGCUCUUUUCGACCCUCGAACUCUGCACGAAAAAUGCUGCGCUGACCAAAGUAAAAGAGUACCGUUACGGAAGAGAAAACUCCCCGCUUCCUUCUUUACCGAACCCACAUCUUCUCCCGAACAAAAUUGCUACUAUAACCUACCACCUUCUCACCAUUAUCAAUCUCUUUCUUCAGGUCCAAAUGUCCAUUCGCAAUCUCAGCCUGUUUCCCAACAAGUGACAAGUAUGGCAACAACAGCUCCGUUAACUCCAUGCGCCUAUCAAAAUUGGACUACUCCAAUACAACAGCAGCAACAACAGCAACAACAGUAUAUUCCCUUACAAGAAGAAAAUUACCAAGUUCCCCUCCAAGAAGAGUAUUCUCCCUAUUGCAAUUACCCCCAACCUGACUGCAAUCAACUACCAACUUUUCCUCAAGCCUUUUCACCACCAACCCUCGAUUGGUCGGCUCCUUCUUCGUGUUUGACAGCAUACAUGUUCUGAUAGAGUAAUAUAGUAAUGUUAUAUAAAAAAAUAAAAUAACUGUACAUUGUACCACUGCUUAUACAGUAUAAAAAUAGAAUUCGUAUGUAUAUUAUACAUAUAUUCUUUGUGAUAUAAAUGAAAUACAGAC